AACACAUCUCAAAUCUUUCGAUCUCAUCUACUUUCUCACUCACUCUUCAAUAAACACACUCACUCACCCACUUUUCUUUCUCUCUCCUCCACACUACCUCUCCCCACUGGCAUUUUUCAGUCAAAGAUUCUCCUAAUCCUUUAUCUUUCAAGAGAUCUGAGAUUAAUUAGGGGUUUUUUUAAAUUCUUUCCUACAAAUUCAACCCAACCCAAUUUUCUUAUUAAACACAUUAGAAGCUAGCUCAUUAAAUCCCAUGAAAAGGAAAAUCAGCCGGCUUGGAAGUUAAAAAUGCAGAAAAAGAUGGUUUUGUUUUUGGGUUAAUCCAUAAAUUAAUUUCAGAGUCAAUCAUUCAUGGUAAUGAUGAUGAUAAUGAAAAUGGGGCAAAUGAAGAAGAAGAAAAAGGUGACACUUUUGACCAAAAAGCAUCAAAAAGAUGUCUCCUUUGAUAGGUAUUAUGUCUUGUUAUUGCCAAUCAAUGAGCAAGAAAGAUAAAAUCUUUCCCCCUUUUUAUUUGUUCCUUUUUCUUUGAUUUGAUUUGUGGGAUUUUCUUAUCCUUCUCAAUAAUGCCUAUGUACCAGCCUGAAAAAAUGGAGGUGGGUGGUGGUGGGCAAGUUUUAGAUCUAGAAACCGCCGUCAAAGAUGGCGUUUUAGGUGGUGGUGGAGGAGAAGAACAUGGGUUUUCAAAUUUAGAUGAGAAAUUGGAUCUUAAGAAAAUGGUGGAUGAAUUGGAUUCAAUAGAAGUACCCUUAGUAUUCAUUUGUCCAAUUUCAUUAGAAGUAAUGCAAGAUCCAGUGACCCUUUGUACAGGGCAAACCUAUGAGAGAAUAAAUAUCAUGAAAUGGCUUUCUUUAGGUCACUUAACCUGUCCUACUACAAUGCAAGAGCUUUGGGAUGAUUCCAUUACUCCUAAUAAAACCCUUCAACAAUUGAUUUAUAGUUGGUUUUAUUCAAAGUAUAAGGCUAUGAAGAAAAGGUCUGAGGAUGUUCAAGGUAGGGUUUUAGAAAUUUUGGAGAGUUUAAAGAAAAUUAAGGGUAAAGCUAGGAUUCAAGCGUUGAAAGAGCUUAAAUUACUUGUGGGUAUUCAUUUUUCUGCUAAAAAAAUUAUGCUAGAUAAUGGUGGGGUUACAUUUUUGAGUUCUUUAUUAGGUCCUUUCACUUCCCAUGCUGUUGGGUCUGAAGUUGUUGGCAUUCUUGUCAAUUUGAGUUUAGAUUUUGAGUCUAAGUCUUAUUUAACUCAACCAGCUAAAAUCUCUGUGAUGGUUGAUAUGUUGAAUGAAGGAUCUAUUGAAACCAAGGUCAAUUGCACUAAAUUGAUCCAGGGUUUGAUGGAUACCAAGGAUUUUGAUCCUGAAUUGGUGUCAAGUUUGAGCCUUUUGGUUGGAUUGUUGAAACUUGUUAAGGAUAAACGAAACUCGAAUGGUGUUCAACCAGGGCUUUCAUUGCUUAAGAUGAUUAGCUCACAUGAAUGUGUUCGAGCUUCGAUUGUAAGCAUUGGGGCUAUUCCUCAAUUGAUUGAUCUUUUGCCUUGCUUGAAUGUUGAGUGCUUGGAAUUGGCACUUUUGAUACUCGAUAAUUUGGUUAGUCUUCAAGAAGGGCGAAUUGCAUUGAAAGAUUGUACUCAUACAAUCCCAAAUUUGGUGAAAUUAUUGAUGAGAAUCUCUGAAAAUUGUACUCAAUUGUCAUUGUCCAUCUUGUGGGCAGUUUGUAAGUUAUCCCCUGAAGAGUGUGCGCCUAUCGCAGUCGAAGCAGGGUUGGCUGCUAAACUCUUGCUUGUUAUACAAAGUGGUUGCAACCCAACUUUGAAGCAACAAUCAGCCGAAUUGUUGAAACUAUGUAGUUUGAAUUACACCGCUACGAUUUUCAUUUCUAAGUGUAAGCUUACAAGAACAUUGCAAUGAAAGUAAAGUAAAUUUGUUGAUGAUUCAUUGCAAGGAAAAACAGCAAGUGGAAUGAGGUCUCUUAAGGAAUGUGUAUAAAAAGAGAGACCUAAUUUCAUGGAUCAGUUUUGCAGCUGUCAAGUGAUUGAUUGAGUGUUGGCUUGUUCGACCACGGCCAUCCUUCGUGAUCAGAUACUCGAUUCGUCCAUUGCACAUCAUCGGAUGGCGAAUUUAGAUGCAACAUCUUGAUUGGAAUUGUAAAGUUUUCAUGCUUUUUUGAAGGGUGAAUGAGAUAGAUGGUUUAAUUUACAUAGAUUUAGAAAUCUCUUCAUUGAAAGUUAGAUUUGUAAAGAUAAUUUUUAAAAACAUUUGAUCAGUUUAUUAUGUACAAUGAGAGAUUACAAUUGUUGAAUUAUUAUCAAUCAUGUUUUGAGAUCUUCUCUUAGGUUAAAUUUCAGUUUUGAUUAAUAAUGUGGUGAUAUUAUCCAAAAGGCAGUUGGAAAAAGAAAAGUUGAUGUUCAACAAGGAUAGAUUGAAAAAACGAGUCAGCAGUCAGCAGUGUGUCAGAAGCAUAAGUGGGUUGUGGGCAUGGGGAUCAAUAUGAUGAUGAAAGUCAUCCACUCUCAAUUUUUGAUUAAUCUUUUUGUACCAUAGACUUUGUUGCUAUAUUUGUCAAUUUUUAAUCUGAGUCGACCGAAAUUUAAAUUUUGACCCCGAUUCAAAUUGGAUUUAGUUGCCCAUGACUAUUUGUCGUCAGGGAAGAAUUUAGGUCUAGGUCU